ACCGUUCCGAGCGAUUACUGAUCAUGGAGUUUGGAACCCGCGUUCUUUUCGCCUUCCUCGCCUCUCAGAUUGUGUGCACUGUAGCUCAGGAGGAGGCUGAGGAGGCAGCAUGCUCACCUGGGUUUCAGGUGAAGGAGUACCUCGUGAAGUACGAUGGAGGCUUUUCGAAAAAUCAACCUCUCCUGCAAGUGGCGUUUGAUGACUGUUCGGGGAACAAGGACAUCACGUUUGAAGUGUCCCACCCGGACUUCCUAGUAAACGAGGACCUGAAGCUGGUCCCGAGACGAGACGUUGUUAACAGCGGGGCGGUCGUAUUCAUUCGCGGCUUCAGUGACCGUGCUGAUGACACGGCACAGGUGGACAUCAUCGGAGCGCCACCUAAAUCCUCCCAGACGCUCAGGGAGAUUCUGGGUCUUGAAGAGACGAUGCCAUACAGGUCAAAGAGGUCCCUGCUGGUGCCGCCGAUGUUUGUGCCUGAGAAUCAGCGUGCUCCAUUCCCAAGAUUUGUGGGAAAGGUAAGACUGUGAUCACACGUGAUCUCAUCUGACAGAGAUGACCACAUCUUUCAGCUGACAGGAAGAGGGGCAGAUCAGGACCCGAAAGGUGUGUUCAGUAUUAACAAACGGACAGGAGAGGUGGCGGUGAGUCGGGCCCUGGACAGAGAGGCCAUAGCUUUUUAUAAUCUUCAAGUGUCAACUACAGACAUGACUGGCAGAUUAGUUGAGGGGCCUGUGGACCUGGACGUGUUUGUGAUUGAUCAGAAUGACAACAGGCCCGUCUUCAGGGAGUCCCGUUAUUCCGGAGAGGUCCUGGAGGGCUCCCCGACAGGCACCACCGUGAUGACAAUGACCGCCUUUGACGCUGAUGAUCCCAACACAGACAACGCUGUUCUGCGCUACAUAAUUGUACGACAGUCUCCUGAGAAGCCCUCACCUAACAUGUUCUACAUUGACCCGGAGAGAGGCGACAUCGUCACUGUUAUCUCACCCUCCCUGCUCGACAGAGAGACUCUACCCACCACACAGUAUGAACUGGAGAUUGCGGCUAAAGACAUGGCGGGAAGUGAAGUUGGAUUGACUGGAACGGCCACUGCAACCAUCACCAUCACUGACAGAAAUGAUCAUGCACCAGAGUUCACCCACUCACUGUUCCAGGCAUCAGUAGAUGAAGGUGCAAGAGGCAUCGUGGUGAACCUUACUGUGGAUGAUCGUGACGACCCCACUACAGGAGCCUGGAGAGCUAUGUACUCUAUUAUCAGCGGAGAUCCAAACCGCAACUUUGAGGUUCACACCAACCCUGACAAUAAUGAGGGCAUGCUGUCAGUGGUUAAGCCUCUAGAUUAUGAAAGAAACAUGUUUCACACUCUUCUGAUAAGGGUGGAAAAUGAGGACCCACUUGUUCCUGAUGUAAUAUAUGGCCCCAGCUCCACGGCUACCGUAUACGUAACAGUUCAGGAUGUAAACGAGGGACCGGUCUUCUUUCCUGAUCCUCUGCUGGUUUCCAAAAGGGAGAAUAUCCCGGUGGGCAGCUCCAUUGCCAUGCUGAAUGCCACUGAUCCAGACUAUCCUCAGGUCCAGAGCAUACGGUAUGCGGUGCUGCGAGAUCCAGCCAACUGGUUCAGUGUAAACCCGUUCAAAGGAAUAGUGAACACGACAGGCACGCUGGACCGUGAAUCUCCGCACGUCCGUAACAACCGCUACACCGCAGUCUUCAUAGCUACAGACAACGGUCAUCCUCCUGCUACGGGCACUGGUACUCUAAUCAUCACUCUGGAGGAUGAAAAUGAUAAUGCACCCUAUGUGGUGCCCUCGGUGGCACGUGUGUGCGAAGAUGCCAAGGAAGUAAAUGUGGCAGUAAUAGGGGCACGGGACAAAGACAUUCACCCCAACACAGACCCCUUCAAGAUAGAGCUGGGGAAACAGCCAGGUCUAGAGAAGACAUGGAGGAUUUCGAGAAUGAACAACACACAUUCACAGAUCAUGCUACUGCACAGUCUGAAACGAGCAAACUACAACCUGCCACUGGUCCUGACUGACUCUGGCUUCCCUCCACAAACAAACAACACAGAGCUCAAAGUUCAGGUGUGCACCUGUAAGAAGAACAGAAUGGACUGCAAUGGAGUCGCGUCCCUCCAAACAAACCUACUGUUUCUGCUCGGCCUGCUCCUGAUGUCAAUGCUCUGCCUGUAAAGCUCAAUCUUUCCAUAAUCCUGUCACAACACUGACGAAUAUCUACCAGUCCGUGCCCCCGUCAAACCCAGGCUGAGGAUAAAGAAGAGGACAUUUGGUCACGUUUCACUAUAGACUUUUAUUUCCUGCUAUUUUUUCCAGCACCGUCACCUUUAAAUUUUUCCCGCUCAUUUUUUUUCUUACUGUCUGCAUUUCUUUUGCCCCGCCAAUUUUUUCCUAUCAGUACUUAUGGAGACUGUCCUGGAUGGCACUGAAUCUGAAAGAACUCUUACUGGAUAAAGACGUACUGGAUGGGGGGAAAGCGAUUACACUUUCUGAUGUAUUUUAUUUGUCCCUGGUUAAAGAGUACUUGUUUGUUAAUGUAAGGCAAAGACGUGAGGCGUGUUUAGUCUGCUGUGACUGUGGUUUCUUAGGGCAAGUUGGUAGCCAAAAGCCUUUAAAGUUUAAAGUUAAAUCUCUGGAGUCUUUUUUUUUUAUUUUGUUUUUUUUUAAAUUGCAUUAGUUGUUAUGGAGUGAAAUAUAUCUUUAUAGUAAUGAUGUGAACCAGUGGGGGGAAAGUACACUCUAAAUAUAUAUAUUUUUAUUUUUUACCAUUGUAUAAAUUUAUUAACUUAAACAAUUUGACUGCAGACCCCUCAUGAGUAAAAACCUGUUUUCCUUUUGCAAAUUCGAGGCAAAUUGAUGUAUCUUAUUUUCUACGUAUUACCUUGGUUUUUGGGAAUGUCCGGUUGAAUGUGGAAUUUUAAACUGGUGUGCAGACAGGUAUGUAGUCGGACUGUGUGUUUUUAGUACUUGGUAUGACACUUGUCUUGCCUCCCUUUAGCCCCAACAGAGAGGCCAAGCUAGUUUGUUAGUUUGGUGGUUUGCUCAUGAAAAGAAAGAAAAAAAUAACACAAUCUGUUGGUUUCUGUGAAAGACAUUUUACGUUCUGAUUAAGCGAAGAAAACAAUGACGUUCUGAAUGAGUUCUGUCUGUCUUUUGCACUAAUUUAAUAAAGCCGUUACUGUACUUCC